UCUUACAUGUAGCGUCCAAGACCAGAAGAAAAUGUAUAGCUAUUUUGCUUCUUAUUUUUAGUAGUACCAGUGUAACUAUUAUGAUGCUAGUGAGAGAAGCAGGCAUUGGAGAAUGGAAUCAAGAAGUGACUUACACAAAGGAGAGAAUUAAAAAGUCACACAUUGUUCUCCAAGAUAAGCAAGAUAAACAUGAAGGAAGGCCAACAAGAGGACACUUUGAGAACUACAAGCAAAGUCAAAACGUAAAUUUCAGUCGCCUUCCAAAUACAAUAAAGCAAAGGACAAGACUGCCGUCACCAGAAACACCUCUCAAGCAACAAAUUGCAUCCACUAAACAAACCAGCAGUGUGUGCAGUUGGCUGUCUCGGGAAAUGCCUAAAGCACCUUACUUCCUCACAGCUGUCCUCCUUGUACGAAUCUACGAGUAUGACAAGGCACAACUGACCUCCAAGGAGAUGGUACAAUGGCUCCAAUACUUACGCUAUGCAGGUGUCGAGCAUGUGUAUGUGUACGAUGCUUGGGUACAUGGAAAUGAAUCGCAAAAGCAAUUACUCAGUGUGUUUAUAAAGGAAGGUUUCGUAACGUACAUCGACUGGCACACACACAACCCAUAUACCAUUGGUGGGACUCAAGUGGCAGCUUAUCAGCACUGCAUCAAACACUACGGUAACGUAACUCGAUGGCAAACGGCAAUUGAUAUUGAUGAAUACCCAUUUUCCCCUAAAGACACAAGCCCGGGAUUUUUGUAUCGAUUUGUCCAAGGAUUUGGCAGUUCACAACCACAAAUUUCCGAGAUAACAAUGCAAAAUUAUAUUUUCCUUGGAAAGCCUUUGGAGAAAGAAUUGCUCAUGGACCGUCUGUUACGAAGAACACCAAAACCUGCCAAUCAAUUGGUUAAACCGAUAUACAAACCCGAGAACGUGCAAGCACAAGUGCAUCACAAUGUGCUGAGAAAGGGGAGGUCAAUAAGUGCACAUACAGGACAUUUGCGACUGAACCACUAUUGGGGGGCAAGGCUUCAAAACUGGGGAGAGGACACGCCCCAUAUCCUGGCAAUCACAGAACCAGACAACAGCAUCAAACCCAUAGUGACUGCCUUUAGAAAUUGUAAACCUUACUUGUGUAAUAGUUGUUAAUGUAUAAGUUGUACGACUGUGGGA